AUCAUUGAUUUUUCACAGUUUGACAGUUCGCCCGAUGUUUUGAGCGACCGCCCGCGUAUAGGACACAAAGUAAACAAAAAAUAUGGCUUUAGAUUUUUCUGCUACGUAUAAGUUAUUGGUUUUAGGUGAUUCGAAUGUAGGCAAAACGUGUAUAGUGCAUAGAUAUUGUGAUGAAAGAUACUACGAUAUUUACAUAUCUACAAUUGGUAUAGAUUUCAAACAAAAGAUAAUUAAUUUGGACGGCGUGCCCAUCAAACUCCAAAUAUGGGAUACAGCGGGUCAAGAAAGAUUUCGUACUCUAACUACGGCAUACUACAGAGGUGCAAUGGGGAUAAUUCUCAUGUAUGACAUCACCAAUCUGGAAUCCUUUAACCACCUGUCAUACUGGCUGAGGAAUAUUCAAGAGUAUGCAUCCCCAGACGUUAUAAAAGUUUUAGUGGGCAAUAAAUGCGAUGUGCACGACAAUCAUCGGGCAGUUCCGAAAGAAAGAGGCCAAAAGAUUGCUGAUGAUUUUGACAUGCCGUUCUUUGAAGUAUCGUGCAAAAGUAAUAUCAACAUAGAGGAUGCUUUUUUGACGUUAGCCAGAAAAAUAAGAGAAUAUCGAGAGACUAAGGCUGACGCUUUCGAGUUAAAGGAACGGGACAGCGUAAUAAAGGCAUCUGAAUCCGAAACAGACGUAUCAAAGUGCAGCUGCUAGCUUGACGAGAUUUUAUAAAGACCUUUCUACUGGAUCAAUCCAUCAAUGCAAUUAGUAGGUAUCUAUACGUUAUUCACAACACCUGGCAAGAGUAAAUGAAACUUAUUUUGUAAGAAACCAAAGUUCGCUGAGGACGAGAUUAUACAACGUGUAAAUGAAAAACGAAAUAAUACUUCGCAGGCUUUAGAGGUACAUUAUGUACUG